AUGGCAAGUGGAACGGGCCCAGCACCGAAUCAGAUCGCCACUGUAACAUUCUGGCGCGGCCUGUGGUCAGAGCCCGUAAACCACAGCGAGGGCUCUUGGACGGAAGUUGUAGCGAGUCAGUGUGCGAGUAUAACUCCCAUGGACCCCGUCAUUAUAACGCCGGAUGACGUAGCCGAGGCGGUCCGUAUGGCCCCGAACUGGAAAAGUCCGGGACUCGACGGGCUGCAUCACUACUGGCUGAAGGGGUUUGUGGUGUCACACUGUGCUCGCCCGACAGUUCCAAGACGCUCUCAACCAGAAGUCGCUCCCGAGCCUCUUCACUACUGA